GCGUGCGCGCUCCCGUAGUUACUGGGAAUGGUGAUGCCGCUUGCGAGGAAGAUGGCGUCUGUGUGGAUAGUGAUGAUCGGUAUCAAGGUAUAAGUAGGAAAGAAAGACACAGAAAAGACAUAAGCGAGAGGAGGGGAUAGACAGGUAAAUAGGACAUAGAGAACGGAGACAGGAAGGGGACGUUCAGGAUACGGUUCGAUGAUCGAUCAGUACUUGGACCCUAUAAACCCAAGCAACUGCUGAACACCGGCAGAUAGCUAGCUACCUAGCAUAGCUUGCUAGCCUAGUUAGAAAUUGCCCCUCUGUAGUGGGGCCAAGGGGAGUUCGGUAGUGUUGCUGCCGGUGAGAAGGAGACGACGGUGUUUCUGCAUCUUGGAGAUACAAGUGAGUGCUGCUGGAAGUCGCAGGGAGGCCGGGAUAAAGCAUCGCCACCGGGGACAGGGGCGAGCCAGAAUGUCCAGCUCCUCAGACAGUGAGGAUGACAGCUUCGUUGCCAUGGAUACGGAAGAGGGCGGGGCCGGGCCGGGACAGUUCGCCAUGGGGCACGAACAGGCGGAGCGCCGGGCUGGGGGUGGGGCGAAAGUGAGCGAGCGAACGAUGGGCGAGCUGCCCGAGGAAGUGCUGGAGUACAUCCUGUCCUUCCUGUCCCCAUACCAGGAGCACAAGACCGCCGCCCUGGUGUGCAAACAGUGGUAUCGCCUCAUUAAAGGAGUGGCCCAUCAGUGCUACCACGGGUUUCUGAAGGCAGUUCAGGAAGGCAAUAUUCAGUGGGAGAGUCGGACGUACCCCUACCCCGGGACACCCAUCACACAACGCUUCUCACACAGUGCGUGCUACUAUGACUCUAACCAGUCCAUGUACGUGUUUGGCGGCUGCACUCAGAGCAGCUGCAAUGCUGCGUUCAAUGACCUGUGGAGGCUCGAUCUCAACAGCAAAGAGUGGAUCAGGCCCCUGGCCUCAGGUUCGUACCCCUCUCCAAAGGCUGGGGCUACCUUGGUGGUGUAUCGGGACCUGCUGGUCCUGUUUGGGGGGUGGACCCGGCCCAGCCCCUACCCCCUGCACCAGCCCGAGAGAUUCUUCGAUGAGAUCCACACCUACUCGCCCUCCAAGAACUGGUGGAAUUGUGUUGUGACCACCCACGGGCCCCCUCCAAUGGCGGGACACUCCUCGUCAGUCAUUGGCAGCAAGAUGAUCGUUUUUGGGGGUUCCCUUGGCGCGCGGCAAAUGAGUAAUGAGGUCUGGAUCCUGGAUCUGGAGCACUGGACCUGGUCCAAACCCCCCAUCACCGGAACCGCCCCCCACCCUCGGGGGGGUCAGUCACAGGUUGUCCUUGAUGACAAGACGCUGCUGAUUUUGGGUGGCUGCGGGGGACCCAAUGCUCUGUUGAAGGACGCCUGGCUCCUGCACAUGGGCGUGGCCCCGUGGACAUGGCAACAGCUGCGGGUGGAGAACGAGGAGCACGGAGCUCCGGAGCUGUGGUGCCACCCCGCCUGCAAGGUGGGCCAGUGUUUGGUGGUCUUCUCCCAGGCACCCUCUGGCCACGCCCCCCUGAGCCCCAGCCUGAACUCGCGGCCGUCCCCCAUCAGCGCCACGUCCCCGCCCCUGGCCCCGGACCCGCCCUCCAUGCGCUCGCAUUCGCCCGUGCGCGGCGGGGCGGGGGGCGGGGUCCCGGGCGCGUACGAGGAGGCGCCGUGCGUCAACGGCCGCUGGGGGACGCUGCGGCCCCGGCCCUCGGCCAGAGGGGGCGCCAGAGAGGCCAGCCCCUCCUCCUCCCUGCAGCAGUCGCCCAGCCGGGGGCCCGACAGCCCCCCCUUACCCCUCCCCUUACUCAACGGCUCCUCCCCCUCUCCCCGCACCAGCCCCUCCCAGGCCGCCUCCCCCCCGCCUCGAGCGCACCCCGCCCACCCGCACCCCCCAGUCCCGCCCGACUGCUGCUGGGACUCCUCCGCGGUCGCCACCUCAGGCUCCGCCCCCGAGCUGACGAGCGCCAACGGCGUCCACACGCCGCCGGGGUCCCCCGCGAGCCCGCCGGGGGCCGUCUCCCCCGGGGCCCUGCGCAGGGGGCUGGAGGCCGUCAAAGCGCUCUCCUCCUCAGCGUCGCCAUCUUCCUCCUCCGCUUCCUCCCAGGGAGGCGGAGCCACGGGCGGGGCCCCGCCCCCUUCCGCUUCGUCCGGCAGCCCGCCCCCUCCCGGGCAGGCAGCGGUGGCGGCUGAUGGACACUCCAUUCCACCAAUUGCGAGGCGCCUGGGGCACCACCCCCCGCAGAGCCUGAACGUGGGGAAGCCCCUGUACCAGUCGCUGAACUGCAAGCCCAUGCAGAUGUACGUGCUGGACCUCUCACAGGCCCGGGGACCGGGACUGGUCUCCUGGAAGGUGUUCGGCAGCAGCAGCGGCAGCGGAGCGGGAGGGGUGAGUGGCGGCGCGGGGGCCGCGGCCGUGGUGGGACCCCCCGAAACCAGCCUGCACACCGUGGUCCAGGGAAGAGGGGAGCUGAUCAUUUUCGGGGGUUUGAUGGACAAGAAGCAGAACGUGAAGUACUACCCCAAAACCAAUGCCUUGUAUUUUGUGCGCGCCAAGAGAUAGUGCUGAGAGAGGGAGCGAGGGACAGAGAGAUGAAGGGAGAGAGAGAGAGAGAGAGAGAGAGGCAGUUGGAGACAGAGAGAGAGUGUGAGAGAGAGAGAGAGCGAGAGCGAGAGAAACACUAACGACGUCCAGUCUGAACGCAGGGCUGAGAAGGACUCACUCUUGACUCUGUACUCCUUGGAUUGGCUCUGGCUUUUUCUGGAAGCUGGAAAUGGAGGGAAGACAGAACGGUGACUGGCUGCCUCAGAUUCAGUAAACUCCCUCAUCUGUCAUCUUCCUCGUUCUACAUUUUUUCUUUCUCUCGCAAAAAAAAAGUUUCUUCAAUAAAAAUUGACUUCAUAAGCAGAAGAGACACCUGACUAUGAUUAUGGUCAGCGUUAUAUAACAAGUUACUAUGAAUAAACUUAUCAGAAGUUGCUAUAAAUAAAAUUUUUACUUCCCACCACUGUCUCCACCGGAAGAUAAGAGAAAAAAUGGAGGGUUUUUUUUCCAUCCGUUUUUGUCUCUGGAUGACAGGAGAUCCAACGGUGCAGUUCUGGCUGUCCAGGGGAGCUGCAGACCUGUGGAAGGGGAGCGAUCGGUGGACUCUUGUGUAUAGCCUGUUUUUUAAUUAUUUUGUCUUUUGCAUUGAUGGAGGAACGCUUUCAAAGUUCAUUGUUUACAAUGGCGUGUAUGUGUGUGUGUGUGUGUGUGCGUGUGUGUGCUUUUAAACAUACAAGUGGUUUUGACUUGAAUAUAUUCCAUUUUUGCCUGGGGGAGGGUUGGCGGGUGGGCAGUAAGGGAAAACUGUAAAGAAAGAAAGAAAGGAUGCCAUUUAAAGAAAAUAAUUGAAACAGAGAGAGCAAAAAUCAUCAUGACAUUUGGAGUAUAUUUGAGUAAAUGUGUAUGUGUUGAAUGACUGAAUGAAUCAUUAAAAAAAAAUAAAACCGGACGUAAAGCUGAA